CGGCGGCGGCGGCGGCGGCGGAGGGCGGCUGCUCCGGUGGCGGCUCCGCGGCGCUGAUGCCGGCGGCGAGCGGGAUCCUGGCGGCGGGGGGCUGCGGCGCGGCGGGCCCGUCGUCGUGGACGCGCUCGCUGGAGCGGGCGCUGGAGGAGGCGGCGGCCAGCGGCGCCCUCAGCCUGAGCGGCAGGAAGCUGAGGGACUAUCCGCGGGGCAGCGCGGCCGGCCACGACCUCAGCGACACCACGCAGGCCGAUUUGUCACGGAAUAGACUCUCAGAGUUGCCGUCAGAAGCUUGCCAGUUUGUUUCCCUCGAGAGCUUGAAUUUGUACCAGAAUUGCAUUCGUUAUGUUCCAGAAGCCAUUCUGAACUUGCAGUCGUUGACAUUUUUGAAUAUCAGUCGUAAUCAGCUCUCAACGUUGCCGGCCCACUUGUGCAGCUUACCCUUAAAAGUUUUGAUAGCAAGCAAUAAUAAACUGGUCUCCCUCCCAGAAGAAAUUGGACAGCUCAGACAUCUGAUGGAGCUGGAUGUAAGCUGCAAUGAAAUACAAACAGUUCCGCCCCAGAUUGGCAAUCUAAGUUCCUUGCGGGAUCUCAACAUCAGGAGGAAUCACUUGGUACAUUUACCUGAAGAGCUUGCUGAGCUACCUUUGAUUCGGUUAGAUUUCUCCUGCAAUAAAAUCACAACAAUCCCAGUUUGUUACCGGAACCUCAGGCACUUACAGACAAUCACCUUAGAUAACAACCCCUUGCAGUCUCCCCCUGCCCAGAUAUGUAUAAAAGGAAAAGUACACAUAUUUAAGUACCUGAACAUGGAAGCGUGCAAAGUAGUGCCGGACCUUCCAGAUUACGAUAGGCGACCAAUGGGGUUUGGGUCCUGUCAUGAAGACCUGUAUUCUAGUCGGCCAUAUGGAGCAUUGGAUUCAGGGUUCAACAGCGUAGACAGCGGAGAUAAGAGAUGGUCAGGAAAUGAGCCUACAGAUGAGUUUUCUGACCUUCCCUUGCGAGUAGCAGAGAUCACGAAAGAACAGAGGCUGAGAAGAGAGAGUCACUACCAAGAACACAGAGGGAACGCACUGGUCGCAAAUGGUGGAGUGGAGCAGGAUCUGGAUCAGAUCGACUAUAUUGACAGCUGUGCCACUGAAGAAGAGGAGGAAGAGGUGAGGCAAGCCAAAUGCACGGAGCCAGACAGCCUCAGCUCACAAUUCAUGGCCUAUAUUGAACAACGGCGAGUCUCCCAUGAGGGUUCACUGGUAAAACCUACAAACAACCGAGAGUUUCCUAGGUCAGAAGAUGCAAGAAAAUACUUCCAUCAAAAUAGAGAUGCAGAUGAAUUAAAACGACCUGAAAGUCUGAGUUUAAUGCACGACAGGGAGAGGCAGCAAGGAUCAAGGAGCUGUUUAGAUCGGUCAGAGAGAGGCUGCAGAGACUCGGCUUACUUUGUGUCGUUGUCCAGUACUCACAAUCAGACUAUUCUCAUGGAGGCUGAUCCACACAGAAGGCGUGAGCCCUUAGUGGAGUGGACUCGGAGGGAAGCCCAGCUGGCAGCGCUGCAGUAUGAGGAGGAGAAGAGGAAAGCGAAACAGAUUCAGAAGGAAGCUGUUCUUGAUUUUGUCAAACAGAAGGCAUCCCAGAGCCCACGGAAGCCAGGCUGUCUGGAGAACGAGUGUCCCUUUCCAUCCCGAAGGUCUCACCACACUGAUGAUAGUGCCUUGCUGGUGAGUGAUGACAGAUCCAACAUCUCACCGAAUUCACCUACUUCUCAAACAGUUCACCUUUCUGCCCUGUAUCCUGGCCCUGCUGCUGCUGCUUCCUACAGAGCAACUCCCCAGCGUCCGGAGAGCUUCCUUUUUCGAAAUGCUGCCAGGGAGGAAGCAAACAGAGGCGUUACAUCACUGCCUGCUUCUGCAUCGACUCCAGCUAAUCGCACGGAGGACGCCGGUGAUCACCAUAGCUCCACGUUGCAGGAAGAAGAGGUCUUGGUGAUAGAGCAGCUGCGAAAAAACAUUGAAUCCCGGUUAAAAGUGUCUCUGCCCAGCGAUCUCGGAGCAGCCCUGACGGACGGCGUGGUGCUUUGCCACUUAGCCAACCACGUGCGGCCUCGUUCCGUUCCUAGUAUUCAUGUGCCCUCACCAGCUGUUCCUAAACUAACCAUGGCCAAGUGUCGACGGAACGUGGAAAAUUUCCUGGAAGCCUGUCGAAAGAUAGGGGUGCCUCAGGAGCGAUUGUGUUUGCCUCUGCAUAUUUUGGAAGAGAGGGGGUUGACGCGGGUGGCAGAGACUGUGCAAGCCCUUCUGGAGUGGGCCCCCCCCAAGCAGCACCAGCAGCACCAGCAGCACCUGGGGGCUGCCUAAGGACCCCGAGCAGGCCUGCUCCUCUCUCCUGGGCCGAGCGGAAGGACCCGGGCGCCGGUGCGGCGUCUCCAAGCACAGACAGUGUGUUGUGUUCAAAGAGCGACAGCUGAACCCAGAAUUCCUGGUGGGAAUCGUUGGUCUUUAUUUCUCCACUUUUUUGGAGGUCCCCGAGGUUUCCAUUGAACCGUUAACACUUUGUAAAGGGGGUUUUGCUGGGGAGGAGGGAACGAGGGAGCUGUUGGCUUCGUAUUUAAGUAUCACCAUUGGGAAAUCUGGGCAGGGAGAGGAAGAGAAUGACUUUUUAUCCCACAAAUAUACAUGUUAAGAGAUUUGAGGUUCCUGGUAGGUUAAACACGGGGGGAAAUGCUGUUUUGCACUUCUGCUCUGAACAAUCCCGUAGAAAAGACCAGCCCCGGAAGGAACCAAGCGACGCUUCCUGGCCAGUCCCCCUGAAGCACCCUUCUCUUUAGCUCAUUUUGUUCCUACCAUCAUCAUUCCCAUCGGGAUGUUUUUUAUAGGGAUACUUUUUAAAAAUGUGCAUUCCUCUGGCACUCCGGGUCCCAAGACGUGUGAGAAAUUCAGCAGGACGUCGUUCGACUCUGAAUCAGCCAUUUGGAUUCCUGAAUCUGAGAGCACCUGGUACGACUUUAAUAUCAGCCCUCAAACGCUUUUCCCUUUGGCAGCGGCGCCCUGGAGCAGUGCAUCAUGAACGAUGCCUGUUAACCGAAGAAGGAAGGGUGGUGGUGCAGGGCAGAGCAAGACGCCCUUCUGCGUGCUUGAAAGAACAGAUUUAGGUGUCCUUUUCUUCCACGCAGCCAACCCAAUCCAGCUCUUCUUUUUCUUCCCUGCCCUUCUUCCCCUUGUUGGCCUUCCUUGUUUUUUUAAUUAGCUUUUUUCAAAAUGUACCAAUGAGAUUGCAGACCACACUAGCACUUAACUCAGGGCAGUUUGGAAGAACUCCCAAGGGAACUGGGCACGGCUUGGGUCCGUUGGAAAGGCGGCUGCAGUUCCUUGGAUCUGCCUGUGGCGUGAUUCUGGCCGGGUGGGAAAGUCAGGCCUGGAUAAAGGUGGCAGCUUUUCUUGCUGUCUGCCUGCAGCAGGAAGAAUGCCAAGCUUCUGCAGGCUGAUGAGAGUUGCAGCUUUGUUUUUUCCAACGCUGCCUGGGGGAUUCUGGGAAUUGAAGUCCCCACAUCUUAAAGACGCCAAGGCUGAGAAACACUGCCCUGUUCAAAUAGACCCUUGUUCUUUCACGCAGCUUCCGUGCUAAUCGGACAGUUCCAGGUAGAGCCGGUUCUUGUGCUGUGAGCGGAAGAGCGUCUGGAUGGGUUUGUGACGGCGCUGUUGUACUGCAGGGGAAGCCGGUGUGAUCUCUAAAGGAAGCUGGAUGUUUAGGGUGCCAGGGAAGUUGUGUGCCGUUGAAGUAGUUUGCAGCCCAUCGUUCCUGGCCAGGCAGCAGGAGGUGAAGUUUUGGUGGGCCGAUUCAGCUGCCGGGGAAUUAAGUCCCUGUUCUGGGCUGUGAUGCUCGAGGAUUUAAAAUGCUUUGCAAGUGAAUCCGGUGUGUUGCAGAUGUGUAUCUUGGAAUAACAAGUGAAGCCAAAGUUAGUGGUGGUCUUUCAUGACAGAUGGGAAGCGGGGAGGAGGUAAGAAAAAGGAUGGUUAGUUGGAACGGGUUUGGGAAUUGAUAAACAGGACUGUAACUUAUUGUUUUCUACUCGGUUGCAGCCCCCCACCCCCACCCCCCGUCGCUUCGCUGCAACACUGCUUGUUUCAAGCUCCUGUUUGUUUCUCUGGACGACGAAUUGGAAAUGUUUCCAGGGCAUCCCUCUUCCUUCCUUCCUUCCUUCCUUCCCCCCUUCCCCUUCCUUCCUCCACACCCAUAACUAUUUAUUUUUAUUUUAGUAUCUUUCUUGGCAUUGCCACGUUCCUGUAUCAGUGUGAUGCACUUAAUAUAUAUAUUUUUUUUUUACGCUUGCCUCCCACCACUCCUUAAACGCAAAAAGAAAGUGUUCAGCAAAAGGAGAGCAUCCGGUUGCAAUGAUGUCUUGUGUUGUGUUGUGUUGUGUUUGCUUUUGUUUUGUUUGGGCUGCUUUAGGCUUGCAGGUGCCUGAAAUUCUGAUCCAGGGCACAGGCUGCCUCCAGUGUUUUGCAGAAGUGGCUUUGUAAAGAAGAGGUCCUGAACAAUGGCGUCAGGGGCUGUAGAAGCCCUGGAGGCCCCCGCCGUUCUCCUUUGGAGCUAGCAAAAUAGCUAGUCCUGCUAUUUGGGGGCCUUCAACUCUGACAGUGAAAUACGGUUUUUGAAGGGGUAUAAUGCAGUGUUUCUGAGGUCUCAUUCUGUAGGAUUUAGAUCCCUCUUGGGACGGUUGAAGUUGCACUCUGCUGUUCCUUCUCCCUGCUUUGCAAGUUCUCAACAGUUUGCUUACUAACCUGUGGUUUUCGUGUUACUUGCACAGAGCUAGGCCUACUCAGCAUGAGCAACUGCAAAUCCAGUAGAUAUUGGACUAUUCAUGAAGGUUCGCAUUUUACUCCCACACUCCUGCACUUUAUUUCACAGCAAACCGGUUUUGGAGCAUUUGAAGUCAUAACCUCUUUCCUUUGGGGUUUAUUCGGGAUGCGCAACAUGUUUUGAGUCAGAAACAGCUUGUUUCAAGGGUCAACUGAGCUGUUUCAGGCCUCUGGGAAGGAUUUUGAAUUCAAGAUAGCCCUGCUCUUGAGCGUGAAACACCAUUCCAAGCCUGAAGCACUUCCAAGCUCUCAAAACAGACAUUUGGAGCUGGUUUGGGUUGAACUCGGUUUGCCCCUGUCCGAGAGCUGCCCUUUGCCUGGGCAGCUUGGGUUGCGGGUCUUAGGCUUGCUUGGAAAAGAGUGUUCUUUGCAGCUCAGAUGCGUAGAUCUGCUUUGGCUGCAGCAAAGAGGGAAUGACGGAAGGAAAGGACGCAAAACAGCCGUUGUCUGCAUCGAUGCGACCGAAGCCCCAGCUGGUGCUUGCCCGCUGGAGACAUGGGCGAGGCCCAGAAAGGGGAGGUGAUGCGGAGGAGGCAGAAGCCGGCCACAGGUGUGCAGGUGCCCUCCUGGCUCUGGUGCAGGAACAGUAGAAGGCAUUCCUCAGGUGCAGCGCAUGGGCUGCCUGAGCAGGAUGCAAUGGCCAGGCAGAAAAAGGCGCCAUCCACCUCUCCCCCCCUCCCGCAGCGCCUGCGUGAUGAGCGUCUGCUGCACCUGCUUCUCUGCUCAGGUUGGGGCCAGCUUUGCCUUCCCCAGCUAUUAAUGGCAUGAAAGGAAACUUCUGUUCAAGCUACUUGACUGUGGUGUUGUUAUACCAAAAAAGAAACCCUCAGAACAAAAUCCCCAGCCCCCCUUUUUUCUUGCAAGUUUUAAAUGGCUUGGGAAUUUGUGUUUUGCUAUGUUUAUGUGCAAUUUUUCUUAUAUUCGGUGAAAAAAGAUUUUAAAGAAAGUGUAUAGAAGUUGUCUGAAGCAGCAGCAACAGAUGAUUGUCCUGUUAUGAAGAGUAUGUCCCCCCCCCCAUGUUUGCUGUUACAUUACUUAAAUGCUAUGAUUUUAUCAAGGAACCGUGAAUGCGGUGAAUAUUUGGAACUGACAUGUAGGAGUCUGUCUCUGCCUGAACCUCGCUGGCUGAGGGCAGUUGCACCCAAGGGCUUCCCUGCUAAUGCCCUUCAGCGCCCUUUCCUUUCUGAGUGUGAAAAUACCUCCCUGCACACUUCACCCCUUCUCUCCGCCGGACGUCUGAAGAGCAACACAAGAUACUUCCCAUCCUGAUAAAUGCGUGACCACGUUACCCCACGUGACGAGGGACCGAGGCUGCCGGAAACAGCCACGUGCAGUGAGUGCUCGACAGGCGAGGUGAGUCAGCCCAGCAUCUCCCACCUGCGAAUGCUGCUUGUGUGUUGCUCAGUUGCUGCUCAUCCAGGCAACCUCAAUCCCCCCAAAUCCCACCAGACAGCACGGGUCAAAUGCCACGGAGCUGUGGGGAAAGCAGACCCACGUGUUCUCUUGGAUCAGAGCUGGCGAUACCUGCUAACAAUCCCUGCCUGUCCUAGAGAUGCUGGCAGACGUGACCGAUGGAGCGAGUUGCUUUAUUCCCCCAGAGUUGCCUCGGGGGGGAGAGUUUCGGCUUUUGCCACCGGCUAAUCAGACCAGCUCAGAGCCUCCCAGGAGUGGGGAAUCUGCCCCAGAGCACUCCUGAAGUUACAGGCGGCGAUAGCCAGAAGGAACGUGUUUUGCAGAACGGCCUCUCGUCGGAGUGAGGUUCACGGCAGAGCAAUUCCUCGCAAGGCGAUGCUAGAAUAGAAUCUUCCCGCGUCCCUUCUGUCAUAACUGGUGCUACCACAUCUUGGGGAAAUUAACGGCUUUCUUUUAAAACCCUGCAAAGUGUCCUUUGCAGAAUUUUUGGAUGUUGUGGCUUUCGGUGCCCUGCAACUUGCAUUUUCUCUUGGGCUGGCCCUUGGCCAGAAGGUCAGGGCUUCACUCUUGUUGUUUCUACACUCUGAAGUGUAAUUCAGCUUUCCCCAGCUAGUGCUGUGCAGAUGAGCUGGGCCACAACGUUCUUAAUUCCCGGGCAGUCGCUGGCUCAGAAUUAAGGGGAUUUGUGAUCCAUCACAUCCGGAGGGCACCAAGUUGGGAAAAGCUGGUGUAAGUAGUAGCGUAGCCAAAGAAUUUUUAAAGUAUGUCCUAUAUUUGUAUGUCUGUAAAUACAUUCCAUAGGUUUCAAAGACUAUCAAAUACAAAUGGCAUAAUAUCAUGGGUUUUAUUUUAAAUUGCCUGUAUAUGUUACCAGUCAAUUUCUAGCACAUGUGAUAUAAUAAACUCCAAACCUGGGUGAUUUGAAAUAAAGGUUUAAGCUUUAAAACCUG